UAGGUGGUGGUAUCCCAUAGGCAAACUCUCCGCCACCUCCUCCUCUCCUCCUAUUCUAUUUCUCUCUCUUUCUCUCUCUAAACUCUCUCUCUCCUCAAGUACGUUCCAUUUUUCUUUCUCUUUUUUCUCUCUUCCACUUUCACUCACUCCCUUGUAACUCUCUCUGUGUUUCUCUCUCAAAACAACCCAAUGUUGUGCUCUUUCUUCGCUCGGAUCAUUCUUCUACUCCUUCGCAAACUACGGAACACUGUUUUCACUGUUUCGUUCAGUUUGUAGCUUAAUUGGGGAUUUGGAUCUUAAAUUCAUUACUAUUACUUUCUAUUCAGACUAUUGUUUAAGAGAUGAGUCGUGUGAAAAAGGAGAAUGAAGAUGAUAUGCGCUGCAAUGAUCAAUCACAGUCGCGGUUGAAUGGUGAGGGUAACAGGGGAAGUGUUGGUGUUGGUGGUGGAGUUGUUCUGAAGAAAGGGCCGUGGACAGUUGCAGAAGAUACUAUUUUGAUUGAAUAUGUCCAGAAGCAUGGCGAGGGGAACUGGAAUGCUGUUCAGAAGCAUUCGGGCCUGUUUCGAUGUGGAAAAAGCUGCCGACUGAGAUGGGCGAAUCACUUAAGGCCAAAUUUAAAGAAAGGGUCAUUUACUGCAGAUGAGGAGCAGUUGAUUGCUCAACUCCAUUUAGAAAUGGGAAACAGAUGGGCACGUAUGGCAGCGCACUUACCUGGUCGUACGGAUAACGAAAUAAAGAACUACUGGAAUACCAGGACCAAGAGGCGUAAUCGGGCUGGCUUGCCACUUUAUCCUCCAGAAGUGCGAAAAAAGCAAGGGAGUCAACGUGGCCAAGACACUGUUGGAAUCGAUAAUGGUGAUAGAGGGCAUCAUGGUUUCUUGCCGAAAAACAACUAUGAGAUGCAUGAUGUAAUGUUUGAAAAUUUGAAAGAAAAUCAAGGAAUUUUGCCUAUUACAGCUGUGCCUGAGAAUCCUGAUAUUUCUGCAAAUAGCAUUCUGCUAAACAGUCUUGAUUCUCCUCCAUAUUGUAAUUCUGUGCCAUCAACACUACCUAACCAUCACCAUCUUCGAGAAUCAACGAUGUCUUUUCUUGGUUCAAGUGGAACGAACAAGAAUUGGUUUUAUCCACUUUACCAUGUUCAGGAUCAUAGUUCUGAUAAGAUUGUACAAUCAUUCGGUUUGCAUUCUCCGCUUGAUCCUGGUUUCUCCUCACAUAACUCAAUGUAUUACCGCCAUUCCUUAUCAAAUGGCAAUUCCUCCACUUCUAAGCCGACAUCCAAGGCUGUGAAGUUGGAGCUCCCUUCACUCCAAUAUCCAGAAACCGGCUUUGGUGGCUGGGGAAGUACUUUUCCCUCACCUCCAUUGAAUGAGUCUGUUGAUGUAUUCAAUCAGUCUCCUCUGCCACAUGGUGCGCUAGAGUCCGGUUGUUCUUCCCCACGUAAUAGUGGGACACUCGAGGACAUAAUUUAUCAGAAGAAGACUCUUCCAAAUUCAAUGAACAACUGUUCUGACAAGAGUUCACAUUCAUCUACUGCAACUCCUGUUGAAAGAGCUGAGAGUUCUGCUUUGAACAUGAAUGAAACAGAAUGGGAAGAUUACACUGACCAUGCAUCUUCCUUUGGUGCAACCUCAAUCCUGAAUGAGUGUCAUGCUGUUAACACCAACGCAAACUCGUGGGAUAAAUUGACACCUGCUCAGAACUUUAAUGGCAACAAUGUGAAAUAUGAGCCUGUUGACCAAGUUUGUACCCCAAAGAGCGAAAAUCAAGGUAUGUCUAUGUUGAACAUCACUUGGCCAGAUGUAUUGUUAGCUUCAGAUUGGCAUGAGCAGUGCUAUGGGCAUGAGAAGAACAUGACUGAGGCCGGUGACAACCUAACCGAUUAUAAACAUGUGGCUGGUGGGACUUAUUCUUCAAGUACAGGGGGUUGCUUUAUGCACAUGGCAUAACAUGCUUUCUGUCUGAAAUAUCUGAUCUUCAUUGAGAAAACAGUUAAAAUGAAUAUUAUGAGUUUUUCCUUAUGCAUUCAUGUUAGUCUUUUGACAUGAGUACUAUUCAGUGUAAUAUCUUUAGGUGUUGCACUUAUUGUAAACAACCUUGAAACUCCUAGGACAGUGUGCUUUUUCAGGUAUUUGAAUAAUUUGUAUAAUGACAUUGACAUGGCACAUGAAACUUUGGAUUGCAAGUUGCUAAAUGGAGUGAUUAUGUUAUGUA